GACAACCCGUCCCUGGGAAACGGUGGAAACUCGCCCAAAUUUUAAAGCUGACGGACGGUAUUAUUAUAUUGAUUUUUUCAAGAAAUUGUUUCCUAACCCGUUUUCUCGCUUUGGUUUCGCGUAAAAUUACCAAAACGGGAUCGGGCGGUGCGUGCGCGAGCCCCGUCUCCCAGAUAAAAAUCAAGUUUUGUAUUAAUUUCCCGUGGAAAUUAUCGAAAAUCGGGAGGCCGAAAUCUCGGAGCCGGUCCAGGCUGGUCCCUGUGAGGCAAGCGCACCACCGAUCUGAUAUCCGUAUCCGUCGCAUCCCUUUUAAUCAGCAAUACCAACAAAAUCGUAACUCUUCCAAAGAACAUCCUUAAAGUUUUUUAACAAAUUUCAUAAACGCAUAAGCCCAUCGUUUUCCAGCAUAUUUUAUAUAGUUUUUGUUCUAUUUUACUUAGCGAAGUUAGAAUAGUCGCAUUAAGAGUUCGGAAAGCAAGUUGUAUAAAUGUCGGGCAACGGAAAGAGGAAGCAGGACUGACCGGAUAUAGAUUGAACGAGCAUCUUCUAUGGUGAUCCAAGGGUUCGUGAGCAGUACAAAUUGCAACAGCAUUCCAAUGGCAGCUUUUAGCACGACCGGGCCGGUCGUAACAGCCGUCCAGGGUUCAGUGUCAGACUUUUAUAAUGGAAAAACCGUUUUUAUUACCGGGGGUACUGGAUUUAUGGGGAAGGUCUUAUUAGAAAAAUUACUAAGGAGUUGCCCGGGUGUUUCAAAAAUUUACCUCCUUAUUAGGCCAAAGCGAGGACAAGAUGCUCAGGAGCGGCUUCAGCAACUUUUGUGUUCACCUCUGUUCGAUCUCCUCCGCAAAGAACGUCCCAACGAUCUCUCCAAAGUGCUCCCGAUAGAGGGCGACAUCACCCAACCGGAACUGGCUAUCUCCCAAACUGAUCGAUCGAUAUUAUCCAGAACUGUCAACGUAGUGUUUCACAGCGCCGCCACUGUAAAAUUUGACGAAAAACUAAAACUAUCCGUCACGAUAAACAUGCUCGGUACUCAACGUCUUGUAGAACUCUGUAAAAGAAUGUCGAACCUGGAAGCGCUGGUGCACGUAUCCACGGCCUACUGUAACUGCGACCGUUCGGAAGUGAAAGAAAUGAUUUAUCCUCCGCCCAUUGGCCCGGAUCAGAUUGUCGCUCUCGUGGAUGCCCUGGAUGAGGAACUGGUUGACUCGCUUACUCCAAAAUUGGUAGGAAAUAGACCGAAUACUUAUACUUUUACAAAAGCGCUUGCGGAAUGCUGGUUGAAGGAUAAUAAGGGUGAUUUACCGUUGGUCAUAGUUAGACCUAGUAUAGUGUUGAGCAGUAUGGAUGGACCUUUGAAAGGAUGGGUGGAUAACUGGAAUGGACCUACAGGUAUUAUAGCCGCCGCAGGUAAAGGCUUAUUCCGAACAAUGCUCUGUGACAAAACGAAAAAAGCCGACGUAGUUCCAGUAGACACUGUAAUCAAUUUAAUGAUAGUCUCGGCAUGGAGUAUAGCGGGCCGAAAAUCCAAAGAAAUCCCUAUUUACAAUUGUGUCACAGGUCAAAGAAAGCCAAUCACCUGGAACGUUUUCGUAGACAUUUGCUUUAAAUACUUAAGGAUGCACCCGUUAUCGGAAAUCAGCUGGUAUCCAGACGGAUCCGUUACCUCAUCCAGAACGAUAAAUGCCGUUAAACGGGUGUUGCUACAUUGGAUACCUGCUUAUGUGAUUGAUUCUGCGGUGUGGGUCACUGGGGGAAAACCUAUUCUGUUAAAAGUACAAGAAAAACUAACUAAAGCGGCGGACUGCCUGGAAUAUUUCACCAUGCAAGAGUGGGAGUUCGACGAUGAGAAUGUGAGGGCGUUAAGUUUCACCCUUAACGAGCAAGACAAGAAAGACUUUUGUUUCGACGUGGCCAAAAUUAACUGGGAAAAUUAUUUAGAAAAUUACGUUUUAGGUAUUAGAAGGUUUAUUUUUAAAGAAGACAGCUCUUCGAUACCCACAGCCAGAAAACAAAUUUCUAAGUUGUAUAUGUUAUCUAGAAUUGUGCAGGUGAUCGGUGUUAUGGUUACGUGGCACUUUUUAGCACUCAGGUACGCCCCAUUACGGCGGAUGUGGUCAAACGCACUUCGGUUACUGCUACACCUAGCUAGUAUGCUGCCAUUCGUGUAAAAGAAUACAAAUCUAAAUUAACAAGAAUUUAACAUUUGUCAACCAACUUGAUACGAAGCUAAACAAAUACUAUCAAUUGGUUAUAAUAUCGCUUAUAAGCCAUCAGGCAAUAUAUAGAACUUUGGUUCGGAGCGCGGCUGACAUGUAUGUACGUUAUUCAGACCUAUAUACUACAUAAUAUGGUCUUAGUCACAUUUAAAUAGUCGUGAAACAUUUCAUGUUCAAAUAUACAUAUUUAACUGUGUAUGACAUAGUUAUAAUGUUGGAUAGAGUAAUUUUUUUGCUUAUAGAAAGGGUGGGGGAGCGAGAGAACCGAUACUUCAAAGUUCUAUUUUGAAAUGUUGUUUUUACAGUAACACCGAUAUCACUUUGGACUUGGGUGUUACUACAAGGUACUGCCUACAGUGGUAGUAACUCAAUAAUUAUAAUUAAACGUUGCUAUUUUUUUCUUACAUGCUCUGAGAUUUCUUUAGCGUGCUUCCAUUCGGUUGGCUUCCUAUAAGCGAAAUUUUACGCACACAAUUUACGAAAGCCAAUAAACCAUUUCUUCUGAAUUUCCUCGUAUUUGUGGUGACGGUCGUUGGGUUUAAUUAGUUACCUCAGACGUUUUACUUAUUUUUAAAUCCCCAAAGAAUGGCAACGUUUUUUAAUUUUUUUUUUUGUAAAAUUACGACCACAUAUAUGCUUUGUUUUUAGGUAAUUUAUUAAAUACUUAUAAUUAAUAAAUGUAUAUGUCGAU